CCUCUUUAAAAGGCGUCUCGCGGUCGGCGGUCAGUCCCGGUGACGUCAGAGGGCCAAGACGGCGUGGUACUGGAUCAUCAUCGCAGAGAACGACGCGGAUCAAAGACACGAGCGAGGAUCUCGACAUCAUGGUGCAGCUGUCUCCCUCCCCGACCCGGCUCGUCGGCUCCGCGGCCGGGUGUCCCGUAGUGGGGGACCCCCCGGAGACCUACAGCCCGAAGACGGGCUCUCCCGGUGGCCUUAGCCCCCUCCACCUCCACCUGGAGAUGUCCAGCGCCUACCAGGGCUACGACAACUACAUAGAGGACGGGCUCAUCUGCCUCAAACACAAGAUCCGCAAUAUGGACAAGAGAAAGCUGAAACUAGAACACUACAUGAAGUGGGUGGAGAACGGAGGCACUCUGAACAAGGACCAGAUGGAUGCAGUGGGGCAGUACCAGGAGCUGAUUCACAACCUGGCGUUUGCUCAGGAGAUGCACUGCAGUCUGGACGUCCUGACCCAGAGCCUCCUCCGGGCCCAGAAGAAGGCUGCCAAGAAGGAGCAGCAGGAGAGGGUGGAGGAGGAGAGGAGGCGGCUGAGCACGGUGCUCCGCUUCCAGCACCUCCUGGCCAGCAUCCAGCAGGAGCACAUCCAGGGAGACCUGCUGGAGGGGCGCGGGCCGGCCCCCCGGGUCUCCCCCCAGCGGCUGGACAGCCUCACCCAGCUCUCUGGCCUCCUGGGGCUGGGCCAGAGAGAUUCCCCGCUGAGCGUGGCCAAACAGAUGGAGAAGGCUGCGCUGCUGUACUUUGACCUGCUGGAGGCAAAGCACACGCCAGUGGCCGGUUCUACCUUUAAAGACCUGAAGGAGCAGCUCGCCUCGUUCCUGGACUGCGAGUACUUCAAGGUUCUGCGUCCGCUUCCGCCGCCCAGCAGGGCUCCAGUCGUUAUUCCCAGCCCUCCCCUCCACACCCUCAUAUCGCAGCCAAAAACAAAGGAAACGCCUAAAAGCAAGCCGGUCAGCAGGCCGCGGAUCACCGUCACAGAGACCGCUCCCCCCCCCCCGCCGCCCCCCAACCUGAAGGCGGAGUUCCUGGCCAUGAAGGAGCGUGAGCCCCCGGACUCCUGGGACGUGGAGUUCCUGUCGGACCGACCCUUGACCCCAAAGCCCUCAAAGGGCGCGGCCACCUUCAUCCCCAGAGGAGCGGAGCCCAAACCCCUGCCCAUCAGACCCAAACGGAAGAAAGGGAAGAAAGCCAAAGGAUCCCAGAGUGUCAAACUGGCUGCCAUCGUGGUCGCCCCCUUAGAGGUGUUCAACUCUCAGGCGGUCCUGCCCAACGACCCGGUUCUCAGGAAACAACAAUUGGAGGUCCUGUUGCACAAAAUCCACGGCUCCUUCAGUUUCAUGCAGGAGUCUCAUCUGGAUCCCGAGGGGUUCCCCAUCGAUGGACACGCUCGCCUGGGCUGCAGAGCGUCUGGUUCUCCCUCUCUUCUUGGUAGCUCACACACGCUUGGAUGUCCGUCGGAUUCAGUUUCCCAUUUGUCGCACUCUUUGACACCGUUUUCCGCUACAGAAGCGAAGCAGGAGGUGAUUAAAAGCCCGAUUGAGCUGAUUAAAAGCCCGAUAGAGCUGAUUAAAAGCCCGAUAGAGCUGAUUAAAAGCCCGAUAGAGCUGAUUAAAAGCCCGAUAGAGGUUCUUCCAGAAAUUAUGCAGUCCACUCCCCUGCCUGCCAGACGCUUGGAGCGCAGAGCCAGUUUGACCAAUGGAGAGCAGGCUCUGAACUUAUGUGACCUAAGUUUCCCUGCAAGAGAUGUUUCUAACGAGUCUCUGCAGCUGGACGUCCAGCCCCUGGUCUCUCCUCCGCUGGUCUCUCCAACCCUGGUCUCUCCUCCACUGUACCGGCGCGACUCGGUCAACUCCGUCUCCCCCGAGAACCGCAGUCUCCCACGGACGCCGGUGAUGGACUCGGGGAAACAGUCCCCCUGUAACGGGGUGUCCUCCCCCUCCGUGACCCCCCAGGGUCACUCGUUCUCCACGCCACCGGCCCGCCGUGCCCUGAUCGCUGACCAGUUCCAGUCGGUUUUCAAGGUAACCGGAUCUGAGUCUCCGACCGGGGAGUUGGGCUACGAAACGGAGACAAGCUACAACACGGCCAGCACCCAGACGCCCCCAGAGUUCGCCCCCUCAGACGACGAGCCCCAGUCCGUGUACCAGUCGGACUACCCGGUGGACGGCGGCGGUCAGGUAUUUCUGUCCCCCAGCCAGCCAAGCGCCGGGCGGUCGUACCACGGCAGAGGCUACGCACGAGGUACGCCGCGGGGGAGCAAGGGCCCCACUUACUCCUCUCGCUCUCCCUGGUGGCUGCGAGGACCGGCCUUUGUUCAGGGGGUUCCCCUUAGAGAUCCCGGACCCCUGCUGUAUGGAGCCAGGGUAGGUUCUCCGUCCCCCGGGGAGUCUGUUUUCCAGCACGGCUACAGGCGAGGAGGGGCGGCCAGACACAACUCCAGCGGUUGGAGCGACUCCUCGCAGGUGAGCAGCCCCGACCGCGACGGGGUGUACCCCCUGUUGGACUCGGGGCACGGCGACUCCCUGUCCGUCUCCACCCUGGAGGUUCCGGUCACGCCCCAUCACCACCACCACCACCACCCCCAGCAGCAGCACCAUCCCCAACCCCACCCCCAGCACCAGCCGACCCUGCUGCCCGUGCCGAUGUACCCGUUGACCCAGCCGAUCCGCGUGGCCUUCACCGCCUCCCGCACGGCCAACUUCGCCCCGGGGAACCUGGACCAGACCGUGGUGUUCGACCAGCUGCACACCAACGUGGGCGAGACGUACGACGCCCGCGUGGGCCGCUUCACCUGCCCGGUGGCGGGCGCCUACGUCUUCCUCUUCCACAUCCUGAAGCUGGCCAUCAACGUGCCGCUCUACGUCAACCUCAUGUGCAACGACGAGGUGAUGGUGUCGGCGUACGCCAACGACGGCGCGCCGGACCACGAGACGGCCAGCAACCACGCCAUCCUGCCGCUGUACCCCGGGGACCAGGUGUGGCUGCGGCUGCACCGCGGGGCCAUCUACGGAAGCACCUGGAAGUACAGCACCUUCUCGGGGUUCCUGCUCUACCAGGACUGAGGACCCUAGUGGUCCACCAGGACCCGGCACCUCCUCAGCCUCCUGCUCCACCAGGGCAUGGAAGAACCACACCCUCUCAAGCUUCCUGCCGUACCUGGAUGAACGGCACCUUAAGCUCCCUGCCGUACCUGGAAGAACGGGACCUUCUCAGGCUUCCUGCCGUACCAGGGCAAGGAGGUACUGCACCUUCUCGGGCUUCCGGCUCCACCAGGACUGAGGCUCUGUGUGGGAAACGCACACACAAACAAUUCUGUGCUAAGAUGUCGCUAUGCUUUGGCAUAGUUUGCGCUUCUUGAUCCAGCGGUGUGGAGGUGUCCACUGGCAGAAAAAACAGGACUUGACUGCUCACUCCAGGCCUUCAUGAGUUGAUGGUGUUUACGGCCGUGUGUCCCUGUCCAAUGGUGCCAGGGUUCCUCCAUAACACGGGCCUGAUGGCUCCAGGUGUUCUCGUGUCACUACCUGGUCAGACCAUGAGUGGGUGACUCCACUGAGACCUCUGCUGUAACUUUACAACUGUGCCUUUCCCCCCCCUAAUGGCUCGCUGAUGACUGAUUGGCUCACUGACGAGCUUGGCUUGCUGAUGACUGAAUUAUGGCUUUAUUUAUGGAACUUGAGUGAAACAGACUUUAGAAACAAGCGCUUAGCUGUGAUGCUAAACUUAGACAUGUCUGUUAAGUGUCCGGCGUGUGUGUGUGUGUGUGUAUGAGCGUUGGCACAUGAGAACGGUGGGGGUGGGUCCUUGGUGAUGGGUGUUGGUGUUUGAACACAUAAUUGCACCAAAGAGGGCUACAGCAAUGCAUUGUGGUCCGUUGACGUGCCUGAAUAAUAAAGAUAUAAAAAUACA